AUGCCUUCAGCUCAUGCCAUCUAUCCCAGCCUGCGGGGCAAGACAGUGCUCAUUACAGGCGGCGCAGAAGGUAUAGGCGCUGCUACAGUGGAACUCUUCACGCUCCAGGGCAGCCAGGUCAUUUUUCUCGACAUUGCCGAAGCGUCAGCCCAAAAGACAAUUGAUCGGGCUGUCGCUCGAGCCAAAGACAGCAACACGGAAGCCAAAUCGCCCAUAUUCUACAAGUGCAGUGUCGCAGAUCUACCGGAAUUGCAGGAAACUGUCAAGAAUAUUCAGGAAAAGCAUGGUGCGAUACACGUUUUGGUGAACAAUGCGGCAGCGGCUGGGAACAGGGCCAGGCUUGUCACAGAGAAGGUCACGGCUGAGGAUUGGGAUACCAACGUCAAUACUAACCUUCGACACGUAUUCUUCCUCUCUCAAGCCGUGAUACCGGCUAUGAGAGACGCGCAAAGUGGAAGUAUCAUCAAUCUUGGUUCAAUCACCUGGCGCAUUCCCGCCCAAGGCACACCAGUCUACGGCGCCUGCAAAGCCGCCAUCAUGGGCCUCACUCGUGUUCAAAGCAAAGAAUUCGGCAAGUACAACAUCCGUAUCAACAGCGUCAUGCCUGGCGCCAUCGCGACGCAGCGACAGAGAGACGAGGUUCUUACGCCUGAGUACCGAGAGGAGGUGAUGCGGGGCCAGAGCUUACAGCGGGACCUGGAGCCUGACGAGGUCGCCAAAGUGAUUGUGUUUUUGGGCAGUGAUGAAGCUAGUGCUGUUACAGGCAGUUCCUAUUGCGUUGAUGGAGGAUGGUGCAGUGACCCUUGA